CUGUUUAGUGUGUUGUUAGUUUUUAAUGUUUACUGAUUGAUUAGUGAUUAGUAAGUGACUAGCGUCUCGUCUAGUGCAAGGGUGCAAGUGUGUUUUUAGUGUAGUGACUUAUUUUACUUAAUUACAGGACAGGUUAACGGGUUGAGGUUACUACAAACAAUCAAUUAAAGCGGUGGCUUAUCAUUGAGAGAAUUAAUUAUUGUAGGUCAAAUUAGUGAUGUAGGUAGCUAGGCCUAGCCAAUUACUUGUCUUUGGAGUCCAACUUAAUUUCUGAAGUUAGUAGGAGAGGACUUUAAUUUUGGGUGGUGACUGGAGCAGUUUAAGCAUUUUAGAAACAGCUGAGUAUACCAUAGCAUGAUAACUUGGUUUAGUUAUUAUACCUAUGUGAGGCCUUAACUUACGGCACCUUAAUAUGUUAAUUUAUGCGCAGUAAGUAAGUGUACUUAACUUAUUUUGUAUCCAGGAAAGUUACCUACCCUACCUAGGCUACAUAGAAGGCUUACAAAAAUUGACCCUAGCCUACUCUAACUAAUAAUGAAUCUGGAAGGGUCUGCUGUUGACUCUUUUCAUAAGAGUGAAAAUGGGCCUAAUUCGAGCAGCUUACCUUCCAACAAGGACAUGAGUUCUUUUACAGAAUCUAAGAAUGAUAUUGAACAUGUAGAUGAAGCAAGACAAAAUGGCCUUGGUGGCUCUCCGACAGAUAUUGAGAAUGAACCUCAUGGCAAUUCCUCUGAAGACGAAGAAAGAGAACAAGAAUGGUUGGAUAUAUUGGGUAGUGGUCAGCUGUUAAAAAAGGUUAUCAAAAAAGGAUUAAGUGAUUCCAGACCUCAAAGAUCUGACGUUUGUACUGUUAGAUACGUUGGAAAAUAUGAAGACAAAGUUGUUGACGAAGGGAAUGUUACAAUCAACCUUGGCGAUGGAGAAGUUAUUCAAGGACUGGAUUUCACGUUACCGCUGAUGGACUUAGAAGAGGAAGCAGAAGUAAAAGUUGGGCCUCGGUUCGCCUUUGGUUCUGAAGGAAGAGCUCCUGACAUUCCCCCCGAUGCAACUCUGUAUUACACGGUUACCUUGGUCAGUGCGGAACCCGAACCUCUCAUAGAGACGUUGCCACUCAAACAAAGGAAGGAAAUUGGAAACCGAAAGAAAGAAAGGGGGAACUACUGGUAUACUAGGAAAGAUCACACUUUGGCCAUACAAUGCUAUAGAAGAGCUUUGGAAUACCUUGAUGACCACGGUCUUUCAGCUGAAAACCAAACGGAACCUGAAGAAGAAAUCCAUUCUUUGCUAGAAGACAGAAUCAAAGUGUACAACAAUCUGGCUGCGGCUCAACUGAAGAUAAAGGCGUUUGAAGCAGCUCUUCAAUCCGUGGAAAAUGUCCUUAGAUGUCAACCUGAAAAUGUUAAAGCUCUUUUUAGGAAAGGAAAAAUAAUGGCAGAAAAGGGGGAGACAGAAGAAGCUGUGGCUCUUCUUAGAAAAGCGCUGACAAUAGAACCGGAGAAUAGUCAGACUAGGAAUGAACUGAAUCAGCUGUUGGCCAAACAGAAGAAAGACAUUGAUCUGCAGAAGAACCUGUACAAGAAGAUGCUGGGGACGAACAAGGCUAAAGAGGAUGAACCACCUCCCAACAAUGAUGCUAAACUAUGGGGUGUGUUGGUUGGGGCGGUUGGAGCCUUGGUUAGUGUAUUCGUAGCCUACAAGUGGUACAAACCUGUGUGAACAACCACUUAAAGACUAUAAUUUUACUAAGUGAUUUUUUGUUGGCAUUUGAAUUUAUUGUUAGGUACCAUAUCGUUACUAUAUUGCAGACAAGUGCAUUUCAAAUAUAAUAUAUUCCUCUUCGUAUUAUCCGAUCAUGUUGUGUUGUUUUCAUGAAUAUUUUUGAUACUGUUUUGUUUAGUUGUGAUUAAAUGAAUACUUGUUUA